GUAUGUAUGUAUGUAUUGACGAUCAAGAGCAAUCCACAAUCGGCGUGGCGAUUACACUCCGAGUCCGAGCUGGUUGAAGAUAACACAAGAAAUACCUAUACAAGAAAACGCACACACUUACGGAUACGAAAAUGCACAACGCGAACGCCGAACACGCACGUACUUGGUGUAACCCGCACGAAGCCGCGUUCAUAACUAUACACACAGACUCGUUUGCCUUUCAUAGUCCAAGAGUCAUGAGGCUAGCUACUAUGGCUACUCUGGCUAGGCCCGUGUCAGCGGCGGUGUCGGCGGCGCUGGCCGGCCUCUGGCUGCACGCGCUCAGCCAGCCGGCGCCCGAGGUGACCUCAGAGUACCGUCUGGGCGUGUGGGUCACCGCGGCCAUGGUCGUACUGGAGACGGCCGCCCAGCCGCUGGUCAUCCUGGCGCAGGCCAUGCUCUUUGUCAAAUUGAAGGUGGUAGCCGACAUGGUCAGUCUGUGCAGUCGGGUGGCGCUCAAAGCCUGACUGAUCGCCCUGUACCCGUCCCACGCCAUCUGGGCCUACUGUGUGGGCCACGCGGUCAGCUCCGCUCUCCUCGUGGUCAUCUAUUACGGCACCCUGCUGCUGCUCUGGCACGUCCGCUCACCGGAUAACUGUCUACCGGUGAAGUCGGCGAGCGAGCUGGGACCCAGACUGGUGCCGGGACAGCCGGCGCUGGACCGUGACCAGCUGGCCCUCACCUGGAGCUUCUUCAAACAAGGCCUGCUGAAGCAGUUGCUGACGGAGGGCGAGCGCUACCUGAUGACCGCCUUCCACCUGCUCGACUUCUCCGAGCAGGGCCUGUACGACGUGGUGGCCAACCUGGGCAGCCUGGCGGCUCGCUUCCUCUUUCAGCCAGUCGAGGAGAACGCCUACGUCUACUUCUCGCGCACAGUGGAACGGGGAAAGCCGGUGUCUGCCGCGGCGGGCCGGGUUCUGCACGACCUGCUGCGCGCCAUGAGCCUGCUCGGUCUGGUUGCCGUCACGUUCGGCUGGAGCUACUCCCACCUGCUGCUGCGGCUGUACGGAGGCGCCCUGCUGACCGCCGGUCCGGCCGUCAGUCUGCUGCGCGCCCAGUGCGCCUACGUGCUCCUACUGGCGGUGAACGGAGUGCUGGAGUGCUACACGUUCGCGGUGAUGCGCCAGGAACAGAUCAAUGGGUAUAACCGGAAGAUGGUGCUGCUAUCUGUGAUAUUCGUCAUCUCGACAGGGAUCUUUACUAGGCUAUUCGGCGGGGUUGGAUUUAUCCUCGCCAACUGCGUCAAUAUGCUGACCAGGAUAUACGUUUGUUACCGGUUCGUGGCCGGCCUGCCGCUGGAGCCGGCGGUGUCCGUGCCGCCGCUGCUCGGUCUCCGCCCGCCGGCCGCCGUGGCUGCCGCGCUGGUGACCGCCGGCCUGCUCGCAGCCGGCUCCGAGAGCUGGCUGUACCCCAGCUCCGCCGCCGCCCAUGUGGCUGUGGGCGCGCUCUGUGGGGCCGCCGUGGUGGCCGCGGCGGUGUACAGCGAGCCCCGCCUCCUCCAGGCGGUCAGGGAGCGGGUCGGGGAUAAACUGAAGCGCAGCUAGCGGGGAGUGCUACUCACAUGGUCACGCAGGGAAUAGGGGUUGUUUUGUUGUGAUAUUUAUGUGCAUUUUGGGUUGAAUAUACACCGUGCCUGUCA